AUGUCAACCAUAUCCCCUACCUCCUCAACUGAACUACUUUACCAUGAACAGGAAUCGCCAACACAUCCAGGAUCCUCAUGUAUCUCGUGGAUGAAAAUUAAAUUUUCGUCUAUGUUUACAAAAAAAUUUCUUUUAAUAUUUUUAUUUGGCCAGUUUCUUUCAUUUUGUAUUACUUCUACGAUUGUGGCAACCGCAGAAUUGAAGAUUAAUGCACCUACAACACAAAACAUUAUAACAUAUUUCGUGUUAUUCGUUACUUGUACCCCGAUUACUAUUAUGAAAUACGGACUUGCAGGAUUUUUAAAAAUGAUGAAAAUCAGGGCUUGGAAGUAUAUUCUGAUUGCUUUUAUGAAUGUUCAAGGAAAUUAUUUAAUUGUAAAAGCUUUUGAAUACACAUCACCACUUUCACUCAUGUUACUCGAUGCAUGGACAACUCCUAUCGUUGCGAUUUUAUCAUUUGUGUUCUUGAAAACACGAUUUCGCUUAAGUCAAUAUUUUGGUAUUAUUAUUUGUAUGACCGGUUUUGGAAUAGUGAUCUUGGGUGAUUUUGAUGUCGGUAAAGAUAUGGAUCAUGCCAAAGAUCCAAUUAAAGGCGAUAUGUUUGCCAUUGUUGCUGCAACUUGCUAUGGUAUAUCAAAUGUAUUUGAAGAGCUUUGCGUAAAAGAAAGGCCAUUGCAUGAGGUCAUUGGUCAAAUGGGGUUUUGGGGUACAAUUAUUAGUUGUAUACAAAUUGUAAUUAUGGAGCGUGAUGAAUUCGAUAAUUUAGUAUUGUCCCCAAGAAUGACAUUCUGUAGUACAAUACUUGGUCUAAUAAUAUAUUAUAUUGAUCCUGAAGAUAAUUCUCAGGAAAAUAACAAUGAAAUUGUUGAUAACAUUAAGCAUAAUGAUAUUAAUUCUAUGAAUGAUCUCGAAAACAAUAUAAAUAUGGAAUUUAUCAAUAAGAUUAACGAAAUCAAUUCCUUGUAA